UCUGACUUGUGAGCUAUAGGUUGUAGGUAGGUUAGCAGACGUGGAGGUGAAUCUGGAGUUAGCAAAUGUUUGUUAGAUUACUGAUGCUGGUGCCAUUGGGUUGUAGGUAGGUUAUUGGUUUGAUAUGUCAAUGUGUAGAUACUAGAAUGAAGUGUAAUUAACAAGCUAAUGCUGUCUAUGCCUGGAAUAAGCUAGCUAACCUAGAGGUUCCAGUUCUGUUCAUUUCUGUAACCUGAGUGUUUGGUUGCUAACCUAAUGUUAGCUAGGAGGAUAAAGUUGUCUUGCCCUUGCCUGAACUUUCCGCCUCACCUUAUCCAGCCAGUUAAAUAGUUGAUAAUAGUGGGCUGGGAAUUUGGAAUAAGAACAUUUCAGUGUCGUGGCAGCGUGUUUGCUCAUCAGGCAGGUGGCCUAAUUGGCAGCACUCACUUCCUCAAUAUCUCAGUUAACGCCUGUUGCUGGAGACACACUAACGCUGUCUCUCUUUAGCUCUGUUUUUCCCCUCUCUCUCUCUUUGAGAUAGUUUAUUUUAUUAUUUUUGUGUCGGUUUGAUAUGAACGAAACGGUGAAAUACGCUGGAUGCAGGGUGUGCCAGGCUUCUUAUGGAAAUGACACUGUAUCUGGAAAGGAGUGCAUUACUGGGGAGCGCCUUGUCUGCCUGGUGCUCAAUGUGACGGAGUACAGAGCUUUAUCAGAGAGCACUAUGGGCCAAGACCGGGGCAAAUAUGAUUUCUACAUUGGCCUGGCUCUGGCCAUCAGCUCCAGUAUAUUUAUCGGGGGCAGUUUUAUUCUGAAGAAGAAGGGGCUCCUUCGCCUGGCCAGGAAGGGCUCAACAAGAGCAGGUCAAGGUGGCCAUGCAUACUUGAAGGAAUGGCUGUGGUGGGCUGGUUUAUUGUCAAUGGGGGCUGGUGAAGCUGCAAAUUUCGCUGCCUAUGCCUUCGCUCCUGCCACCCUCGUCACUCCUCUUGGUGCUCUCAGCGUGCUUGUGAGUGCGGUCCUGUCUUCCUACUUCCUGACCGAAAGGUUAAAUCUGCACGGAAAGCUGGGCUGUCUGCUCAGUAUCCUGGGCUCCACCACCAUGGUGAUCCACGCACCUCAGGAGGAGGAGAUUGACAGCCUGAAAGACAUGGCCAAGAAACUGGUGGAUCCAGGGUUUGUGGUCUUCGCAACGUUAGUCAUCAUCAUUGCUCUCAUUUUUAUCUUCGUGGUUGGACCACGUCACGGGCAGACCAACAUCCUGGUCUACAUCACCAUCUGCUCCGUUAUUGGUGCGCUGUCUGUGUCCUGUGUAAAGGGCCUGGGCAUCGCUAUUAAAGAGGCCAUAGCAGGUCAGCCUGUUCUACGCAACCCUCUGGCCUGGCUGCUGCUCCUGAGUUUGGUGGCCUGCGUCAGUACUCAGAUCAACUACCUGAACAAAGCACUGGACAUCUUCAACACUUCUCUAGUCACUCCCAUCUACUAUGUGUUUUUCACCACCUCCGUGCUCACCUGCUCCGCUAUCCUCUUCAAAGAGUGGGAGCACAUGGGCAACGAUGACAUCAUUGGUACGCUGAGUGGCUUCGUCACCAUUAUCGUGGGCAUCUUUCUGCUGCACGCCUUUAAGGACGUGAACGUCAGUCUAGCUACGCUGGCCGUGUCCAUCAGAAAGGAGGAACGCAACGGCCCCAUGUCCAACGGGGUGGCGUCGUCCCACGGCCAUUCUUACGAGCUACUUCGUAAUGAAACCUCAGUGGAUUUUGAGGACAGAGAUUUAGGUUCGACUUUUGAUAGCAUCUCCAGAAGAAAUGGCAGCACGAGCUCUUAGGACCAAAAAGAGACAAAUUCAGCUCAACAGCUACAACAGAGUGUUCACGUCUGCUGUGAGGACAUUUAUUAACCCUCUGCCCUUCAAAUCAAAAACAAACCCUAAGACAAUCAAACCGGCAAAAAAACAGUGACUGAUGGACCAACUGAUUGUACUAAAGUGUUUUGUUUUUGGUCACUCUUCCCCUUCUUCCCUCUUUCUGCCUUACUUCUCGAUCAGUUGGACAUCGACUACAUUUUAAGGCUUCAUCUCAUUCCUCAUGUAGCACUGUAAAUACAUACCUGUUUUUAAGAGCCUUUUGUUAUACUUUAAUGUACAGGAAUUUCUGUACAUGCACUGAACUUUUAUUUUCCUUUCUACAGAAUAAACUGAUCAGCCGCUUUCUUUGUAAUAAAACAACCCAUGUGGACUCAUCUUAGCAAAGCAUACUCACACAUGGAAGAAACCUAAUGAAACUGA